GCAGCGUAGGCUUGAACUUCAAAAUACUCUAAUUUUGAGUUUUUUCCUACUUUGCCUGUUUUCCCAAGAACUUUGAAUGUAACUCAUUUAUUAAAGUCUCACGCUAUUUGUCUUCCUAAUUCGUCGCCUAGAAGUUAUUAGCUAAUUUAUCCAGAAUGCAUAAUAAAAAACUCACCAGGGCUGGAAUAGACUCACUAAUUUGUGAAAGAUUGAAGCACCAUCACGUCGAAACAUGCGAGGACUUGCUAUCUCUCACUCCUCUGGAGGUCAUGCGUUUGGCGGGGCAAAGCCAUUGUCAUUCAUUGCAACUGUUGAGAACCGUCAGCGUGGCCUGCGCCCCGAAGAUUAUUACGGCCCAGCAGUUGUGGCUUCAAAGGAAGGACCUGUGUUUCUCUACAUCACUUCAGGAACUUGACAGGCUGCUCCAUGGCGGCCUCCCCCGAGCAACCAUCACUGAGGUGGCGGGUCCCUCAGGCUGUGGUAAGAGCCAGCUGUGUAUGAUGCUGAGUGUGCUGGCCACUCUGCCACGCAGCAUGGGUGGCCUGGAUAGCGGCGUCAUCUACAUCGACACUGAGUCUGCGUUCAGUGCUGAGAGGCUGCUGGAGAUUGCUCAGAGUCGCUUCCCUGACUACUUCUCUGUGCCGGAGCGGCUGUUGGAGACAGCUGGGCGCGUUCACCUGUUCAAAGAGCUCACCUGCCAGGAGGUGCUGACCAGGGUGGACCAGCUGGAGGAGGACAUCAUAUCCUGUCGCGCCGGCCUGGUCAUCCUGGACUCUGUGGCUUCUGUUGUGCGGAAGGAGUUUGACACGUCGCUAUCUGGCAACCUCACUCACCGUAGCAACCUGCUGGGACGACAGGCUGCCACCCUCAAGUACCUGGCCCAGGAGUUCCGCAUACCUGUGGUGGUAACCAAUCAGAUCACUACGCAGUUGGGUGAGAGAGUACCGUCGUCAUCAUCGCUGUCACGCCGCAGGAGCAGCGUGGAAGGUGCUGGAGGGGAGGGCUCAGGUUAUGUGACCGCUGCCCUGGGGAACACCUGGAGUCACAACGUCAACACACGCCUCAUAGUCCAGUAUGUGGACAGCCGUCUAAGACAGAUUGUCAUCGCCAAGUCCCCCGUGGCCCCAUUUGCAGUGCUGAACUACACCGUGCAGAGGGAGGGCAUUCGGCUGGAGGGAAACGCAAGCCAGGAAAUGAUGUCAGCCCAAGGAACUGACCCGGGGCUGCAGCCGAUCCGCGUGCGGACAGGUUUCGACUACAGACUGACCGGAGCCGUGGCGAUGACCCCCAUGACCCCCGCCACCACCACCACCACUACCGCCGGCGGGAGGUAUGAUAAUACAGGUGUGUGAGGUGACCAGGGGCUCAGGCUCACCUGCGGACCCAGACGAUUGGUCAGCUGGGGUCAGCUGGGUUGUGUCCUGAACUUUGGCCGUCGGUGACUCAGAGAUAAAACCUCGGCAGAGGCCAGGGGGUGAAACCAGGAACACUGACUCCAGACUGUUUGGAUAUGUUACGCUUAUCUAAUGUGAAAGCACAAAAAGGUUGAAGGGGUUUAAGCAUGCAAAUUCGAAAGGGCUCAACGAGAUUCACAACGAGACUAGGAGAGAGGUUGAAAAGGCCGGCCAUUCUGUGUGUGAGUGUAGGCUAUGAUGCCCAAUGUUUGUAGUAAUUCAGAAUAAGAUGUAAAAAGGAUGACGAAAUGAAUACAAAAGUUACAUGAGUCUAAAGAAUAAUCAGUAAAUAUAUGUGUUUAUAUAAGUCUCAAAGAAGUGCAUGAUCCAUAGUGUGGAUGUUAAUGUUGAUGGAGUCCCAGUAAUGAAAUGUUAUCACAAUGUUUACAGUUGUUGUAGGAAUGGGUAGAUGGGUAGUAUAAGGAGGGAGAUGGUGUGUUUAAUAAAGGGUGAAUAAGCUUGGUUGAGUUUGUUUAAU